GCGUGCCUUCCUAAACCUUGGCGUUCAUGGAACCAUUGACGACCCAUAAAUACUUAAAAAUUUAUUGAAAAUUCCCCUAAAUAUUGAAGCGAAGGUUUCAUUCCCUUAGAAAAUUUGAAUUUCGCGCUAUCUUUUAGUGCCAAGAUUUGGUCGACCGUCUAUAAUUACUUACAAUAAAUACAUAAAUGCCGCUUCUAAAGUCCUGAAACUACUGCAACAUGACCCACAAUCCUCCUGUCCUGAAACAUGACCGACAAUCUGUUCAAAACCGCGGGAAACUUCAUUGCUAAGAGACCGUUUGAUCGAUGCAGCCGUAGCCAUAUAGAUUUAAUGCGCACACAAUGGAAGACAACGUAUUUUCUGUCACUGCUGAAUUCUCGGUUGAGAAAGAGGAAAAAGUUGAGGAAAAAGAAGAAAUAAUUGGCAACCGUGAAGUGCACGCUAAACUUACAUUUACUAAAGAACAGGAAGAUGAUUUGCGCCAAGCAUUUAAUCUGUUGGAUUAUACUGGAGAAGGAAAAAUUAACGCUCAAGAUUUUCGAGUGGCUGUAAAAGCUCUAGGUUACGAGCCAACGGCCGAGGAGCUGCAGCACAUGAUCAACAAGGUGGACAAGGGUAACUCUGGGAAGCUGAGCUUCGAGAACUUCGAGACGCUCAUCAUGCGUAAAGUCAUGGCUCUCGACACUGAUGGGGAUAUCAUGAAGAGUUUCCGUCUCUUCGACGGCGAUGACACUGGGCUCAUUAGUUUCGAAAAUUUGAAGGCGGUCACCGAAAUUCUAGGCACGUAUCUUACGGAUGAAGAGAUUGAAGAGAUGAUGGAUGACGCGGACAAAGAUUACGACGGAUUUGUCUCGGUGCAUGAAUUCAUGAAGAUGAUAAAGAGCAGUGUUGAUAUUGUGACUCCCUAAUUUUAUCAAUAAUAUUUUAAUUAAGUAAUUAUAAUAAAUUUGUUAUGACA